UUAUUUAUUUUAUAAAAAAGCACUUGUUUACUUCGUCGCAAAACAGCCAGGCUGCGGCCUAAAUAGAUGAGUCGCUCCAUUCAUGCAACGUUACGUCUGUUUGCAAAAUGUGUAAACAAUUUAGUAGUUUUCCGUGCAUGAAGCCAAAAUGUCACGAUCUCUACGGUGGAUUAUCCUUUUAUCUAUCGUCCUUACGACUGCUUUUACAUCCGCUCAGGACUAUUGCGAUCCAGCACUGUGUCCAAGUGGCAGACACGUGGCCUGCCAAUCCAGCGGACGCUUUGUGAGCGGCUGCAGCGGCGAGUUUGUCCAGAUAGAUGCCCACAUCCAGCUGAUUCUCCAGCUGCACAAUGAGCGCCGCAACAUGGUCGCUGGCGGAGGACUUAGUGGCUUCCCCAGCGCCGUCCAGAUGGCCACAAUGGCCUGGGACGCCACACUGGCCCAAUUGGCCGCCUACAAUGCGCUGCAGUGCCGCAUGGCGCACGAUGAAUGCCGGAACACGAACACGUAUCGCUAUGCGGGCCAGAAUCUGAGCAUUCUCUUCACCCGGAGCGUGGAUGUGGCGGUCUUUCUGCGCCAGAGGAUCGCCGCCUGGUUCGAUGAGAAUCGGUAUGCGAGCAGUGGCGACAUGGAGAACUACCAGAUGCGCGGGGGACCAGCAAUUGGCCACUUCACCACCAUGGUCAACGAGCGUAACAACAGAGUGGGUUGUGCGAUUGCCCGAUUUACGGACGCCAACAACGUGCAGGCCACCCUGUUGGCCUGCAAUUACGCGGUCACCAAUGUGCUGAAUAACUCCGUCUAUAGGGCGGGAUCCGCCGCCUCGGAAUGUACGACAGGUCGGAACUCAGUCUAUGCGAAUCUCUGCUCCCCAAACGAGGUGUACAACUACAAUCAGUGGUCGGGUUAGUGGAGGUUAUGCUAUUUAGCGUGCAAUUUGAAAGAGUACAUGUGCUGAAUUGCUUAUAGCUGUACUCGUACUGGAUUUCCGAAUAUA